GAAGAAGAAGAAGAAGUAGACGGGGAAGAAGAAGAAGAAGAAGUCGGAGGAGGAGGAGAAGAAGAAGAAGAAGAAGUAGACGGGGAAGAAGAAGAAGAAGAAAAAGAAGGAAAAAGAGUCCAGUGAACCUCAGGCUGUGUUUAUCUAACGUCAGAUAAUAUGAAGCCAGGGUUCAGUCCCCGUGGCGAUAGAGGAGGAGGAAGAGGUGGAGGUAGAGGAGGAUUUAACGACCGCGGUGGACGAGGAGGAUUCAGAGGAGGAAGAGGUGGAGGAUUCAAGUCCCCGGAGGGAGGAUUUCGGGGCCGAGGAGGUGGGAGAGGCAACGUCAGAGGAAGAGGAGGCCGAGGAGGAGGAAGGGGAGGGAGGGGAGGCUUCGGAGGAGGGAAGAAGGUCUUGAUUGAGCCACACAGACAUGAAGGAGUGUUUAUCUGCAGAGGGAAGGAAGAUGCCCUGGUGACCAAGAACAUGGUGGUUGGAGAGUCUGUAUAUGGAGAAAAGAGGAUCAGUGUGGAGGAAGGAGAAACUAAGAUUGAAUACAGAGCCUGGAACCCGUUCCGCUCUAAGCUGGCAGCAGCCAUCUUAGGAGGGGUAGACCACAUCCACAUCAAGCCCGGAGCUAAGGUGAUGUACUUGGGAGCCGCCUCUGGCACCACAGUGUCCCACGUCUCUGACAUUGUUGGACCGGAGGGGCUGGUCUACGCUGUCGAGUUUUCCCAUCGAUCGGGCCGCGACCUUCUCAAUGUGGCAAAGAAACGCACAAACAUCAUCCCGAUCAUCGAAGACGCUCGGCACCCUCACAAAUACCGAAUGCUCGUUGGCAUGGUGGACGUGAUAUUUGCUGAUGUUGCUCAGCCCGAUCAGACCAGGAUUGUUGCUUUGAACGCUCACAACUUCCUGAAGAACGGUGGACACUUUGUCAUCUCCAUCAAGGCUAACUGUAUAGACUCAACAGCGGCUCCAGAAGCCGUGUUCGCUUCAGAGGUGAAGAAGAUGAGCGCUGAGAACAUGAAACCCCAGGAACAGCUGACACUGGAGCCCUAUGAGAGAGAUCAUGCUGUGGUGGUGGGCAUCUACAGACCUCCUCCAAAACAGAAGAAGUGAAACGCGAAAGAAGACUCAGGCAAACUAUUACCAUUUUAAUUUUGAGUUUUAGGACUUAACCACCUUUUGUGUCGCUUAAAUGUAUUUAAACCCUUCAGAAUUUACAACAUCACUGCAUAAAGUUAAAUCAAGUCCAAUCAUAGACCCAAUCAUACUAAUCAAACAGAAAUAUUAUAUAUGUGCAUUUAUUUAUUCAAGAAAAUACCUCCUUGUGCAGCAGCUAAAUGUUUCUGGUGACUCCUGAUCAGUCAUAUACGACGGCGGCCUGGAGGAAUUUAACCCGCUCAUCAUUACAGAACCACUUCAGAUCUGAGGUGUUGGUGGGUUUCUUGCAUGUUACUUUUUUCCCCCUCUGGUACUAAUGUAUUUGCAUCUGAUGCUUUUUAUUAUUUUAUCUGAAUGUAAUACAUUUUGCUUUCAGUUUUUGUUCCUGUGGUCUUUAUCAGGAUGCUUCUGAUUCCUGAUAACACAAAUCAUAUCCCAGAUAUACAGCCCAUGCUUUCUCUCUGACUGAAACCAUAUAUUUUAACUUUGUUAUGACUGCACAUAGAAGAAUGAUUGUAGAUAUGUAGUUUACAGCUAUUUAUUCUAAAACCAGUUCACAUGAAUUCCUUUCCAAAAACUGGAUAUUUCAUUUUAAUAAAAUGAUUCUUGUUCAUGAA